ACUUCAUCGACAUCGAUGUGGUUGUCUAUAAACACAGAAAUAAUAGAAGUGCUGGAAGUCCCGGAACGUCCGGAAGGGCCGCUGGAAAUAUUCGACGUGGCGGAAACAAGGGCCACGCUACAAUGGUACCCACCAAGAGAUGCGGGAGGAGGUCCCAUCAUCGGUUACAUAAUCGACGCCCGAGAGUUAGACAAAAUAGACAUCAUCAGUCAUUUAGAAUUAGUGCCACCCACCUGUACGUCAGCUAUAAUGGAAGGACUGGAACCGGGACGACUCUACCAGUUCCGUGUUUAUUCUGAAAAUGCCGCCGGAAUGAGUGAAGCCUUAAUUGGACCCCGAUGUGUACGAAUACAACCCGGAAUCGCCCGGCCGAGUUGUCCUGGCGUGCCGACCGUCGUUCCACGUCAAGGUGGCGAUGCUUUCCAACAGCUGGCGUACAGUAACAAACCGGACGACGCAGUCAUUAUUCAGUGGGCUGCACCCUACACCGACGGUGGAACGCCCGUCAAUGGAUACUCCGUCGAGAGGAAGGCGGGACCGAACGGCCAAUGGGUGCGAGCCCAUCCGCUGGAUGUCCGAGAAAGCGAGGUGACGUUGACGGGUCUUAUUCCUGGGCAGGAUUACAAAUUCCGCGUGAAAGCCGUCAACGCUAUCGGAUGGUCGGAGCCGGGAAGUGAGUCGGAGUCGUACCGAGUUCCCUACGAUCCCAACAACGUUGUCAGCCCGUCGUUCAGCGUCGGCCUGCGUGAUGCCGUCGUCAUGGAGCACGAGAAGGUCGAGUUCAGGGUGGAGGUCCAGGGCAUUCCUCCGCCUGAUGUCCAGUGGAUCGUCAACGCAUCGUCCGAUGCCAAAGUGAUCGUGACGGAACGAGAUCCCGAUUCGGGAGUCUCGACCUUGGUCGUCAACGACGUCCUGGCUGGCGACGAAGGUGAAGUCAAAUGCGUUGCGGUCAACGAUGCCGGUCAGUCUACCUCAUCCGCAAUUUUGACCGUGGAAGCUCCACCCAGGGCCGUCUUGACCAAGAAAUACGAAGACGGAUUAAUUUUCGAAGAUGGCGACAUCAUCCGAUUGAAAGUGGAAUUUACCGGCCGCCCGAAACCUGCCGUCACUUGGUACCAUGAAAACCAACUUCUCACGUCCGGCGGACGUCUUGAAAUUGAAAAUCUGGCCGACUGUACCAUCCUGAAAGUCGCCGAGGCAAAGCGCUCUGAUCGAGGCGAAUAUUCCGUCAAAUUGCAGAGCGGACUGGGCGAGGAUAGCGCAUCCUUUCUCGUCACGGUGGCCAAUCGGCCGUCAAUGCCGGGCAAACCGCUGACUGCAGACGUUUCGGAAUCAGUCGUCUCUUUACACUGGGAUCCAUCCGAGGAUGACGGUGGUUGUGAAAUUACUUGCUACAUCGUCGAAUACAACCGGCUCGGUUGGGACAUGUGGCUUAAAGCGACCACUUCGAAGCAGCCGCACAUUCGUCUGGGAGAUUUAAUCCCUGGAUCGACUUACGUCUUCCGGGUGAAGGCGGAAAAUCCUUUCGGCGUCAGCGAGCCGAGCGCCCAGAGCGAUCUGGUUUGCCUGCCCGCUCGAAGUAACGAAACGUCAUGGGUUCCGGAUGUGACGUCAUCCGAGCUGGUCGAUCCUGACGACACGACCAUUUCCAGUUCUAAUUUAGGUCCGCGCGACAGCGACCGGCAGGUCAGCAGAUCCGGCGAUCUUGAUUAUCUGCCUCUAGACGCUUCGGAACUGGAACUUAGUCGGUUGACCGAUCCUUCGGUGUUGGGAGCGCCUAACGGAGCCAUGGGCGGGGCCGUGUUGAUGUCGGAACCGCCAAACCGACCCGGCGAAAUCGAACUGGACCCUCGUUACGCGUUCAGUGCUUCGGCCGUCUUGGAGAAAAGGGCCGUGACUGUAUCGUCCCAGCCGGGAUUCACGUCCAAUGACGUCCUGUCUGGCAUAGGUUCCAGCACUUCGAGGAACUCUUCUUCGUCACCUUCCGUCUCGCCGGAACGUCCCUCGCUGGAGGACGCCCUUUCCUUGGACGACGACAGCAGUGAAGGCAGCAGCCAUGACAUUGUUAAGCAGCCGACUGAAACGGUGGAACAGCUGCCGUUGCCGAUCCAGCAACGCGGGUUCCUCCUACCUCGAUCCCCUGCCAGACUUUUUGUGCACAACGCUAUCGUGCAAUCGGCUCUCAGCAGCGUGGCCUCGUCGUCGGCGCUAGUGACGUUAUCGGAUGUUAUGGAACAAGUGGUGGUCGAGGAUCAAGUGCUGGCGCCCGAUGCUGAGAGUGAGACUCGCCAGGAAGUGCUGGAGCAGAUCGAACAAGACCUGCAGGACCAACUGGAAGUGCUGGAUCGAAUCGAACUGGACAUUGGGGAGAAGCAGGAAGCUGAUGUAGACGGAAAUGAGGUGGAAUUUAUUGCUCAAGCUGAUCAAUCGUCGGUCCAACUGGAACAAAGUGAUGCUGAGCCAGCCCGGCUAGACGAGGAGACAGUGAUUGAAGAAAUUAAGCGUCAAGAUCAAUUUGAUUUGAUGAAUCCGAAUUCUCAGCCGUCGGACGAGAUGACUCGAGUGAAACCGUCGGAGCCUGACGAGAUCGAGCUGGCCUUGGCCGACCAGCAAAUGGAAGUGCCAACAAUUCUACUCCAGGACAAUAACGACAUUCAGCAUCAGCAGGACGUUAUUCCGGCGAUGCAGUCGCAUCUCGCCGCCAUCGACUCUGGCGUCUGCGAGCUAAUGGCUCAGCGAGGCAGCGACGGCGAGGGCCAGCACAGCACGGACCAGUACAGCGACGCCUACAUGACGGCCGUGGACUCGAUGAGCAGUUGUGACUUUGGAGACUCGCCAGAACCAGACGGUUUGGUGCUGGACCAACCCCUGAGAGGUGAAUGCCCUUCUCCGACUACUAGUGUCAAGCGAACCAUGGAUAUGGACGAAGAGGCCGAUCUCGUCCCCGAUGCGAGCGCAUUCAUGGGCUCGGACGGCAAACCCAUCUUCUUGCGCUGCGUCACAGAUCAGACGGUCAAAGUGGGAUCGAGAGCCCGUUUCCUGGCCGAAAUCAUCAGCUCUUCGGGCCUGGUUGUCACUUGGCAUUUCAAUGGAUUGCCCGUCUUUCAGCCGGGUGAGACGGCUCACGGACGUUUCAAGAUCCUGCAGGAGGGAAAUUUUUACUGCCUCGAAAUUUCACCGGUGGCCAUAGAGGAUGAAGGAGCCUGGACCUGUCGGGCCUCUUUGGCUGACAACGCCGGUUCGGAGGAAGGUGUAUCUGCCACCGCCCAGCUUCGCGUGAUGGUGCCAAAGAGCUACAAACGCCCCGAAUUCGUCGAAGACCUCCAAGCCAUUUUGACGGAAGAAGGUACAGUAUCUCUCGAGUGUAAAGUGGUCGGCAUCCCGACGCCAGUCCUCCACUGGUUCAAAGACGGGAAAGAAAUCAAGGCCGGCGAUGUUUUCGCAUUCCGCGCCCCUCAGACGGACUCGACGGCCGAAGAGACGGCCACUUCGCUGGGAAUUUACUCUUGCGAGGCCAUCAAUUGCAUCGGCAAAGCCAUUUCAACUUCGCAAGUGCGAGUCAGAAAUGCUGUCCAGCAGCAGCCGCUGACUCCGUCGCGAACGAAUAGCCAAUCCGAAUCGACCGGACCGCCCGUCAUCAUCGAGGAGCCGUUCAAUCAAAAGGUCCGAGUCGGCGAGGACGUCCGCUUCACAGUGCGAGUGAUGGUACCGCCCUUGCCCUCUCAAGUUAAAUGGUACAACAAAGAUGUGCCCAAGGAGGCCAGCUCCAAAUACGUGGUGGGCGAAGACGGCCACGGUGGCUACUCGCUCGAUAUCACGCCGACGGAUAUCGACGACGACGGCGAGUGGAAAGUGGCCAUCAAAAACGAAGGCGUCGACGCCGAGUCCAGCGCUUCGGCCGUUUUGACUCUUGUCGUGCCCAAGAACUAUCGACCCCCUCGGUUCCUCGAAAGCCUCAAAGCCAUUCUGACGGAAGAAGGACUCGUCAGUUUCGAGUGCAAAGUUGUCGGCUUCCCGACACCGCAGCUCCAGUGGUUCAAAGAUGGCCAGGAGUUGAAACCGGGCGACGUCUACCAACUGAGCGGCACCAACUCUCUGGGAUCUUACUCUUGCGUCGCCCGCAACUGCAUGGGCCAGGCUGUCAGUGCCGCCGAAUUGACCGUCGACGACAUUCAGAACCAGCUCAACGACGAGGAGCGUCGCCAACUGAUGGACUCUCACCGACCGCCCAUCUUCACGCAAGGAUUGCGUUCUAGUGAGUCCCGGGUGGGCGAUCCUCUUCGACUCACUGUCCAAGUGUCCAGCACGACCGAGAGCUUCUUGGUUACUUGGUUUCACAAUGACGAGCCGAUCGAUCUGGACGAAACGCACAAAUUCCGCAGUUUGAAAGAAGAGGCCGGCCUCUGCCAUCUGGACGUGGAGCCGCUGGAAUUCAGCGACGAAGGCGACUGGAAAUGCAUCGUCAUCAACGAUUUUGGUCACGCAGUCACCAGCUGCUCAGUCAAGUUAUCCGUUCCGCGAUUUUUCCGCAAACCGCAUUUCCUGGAACCGCUCAGGGCCGUCCUGUCGGACGAAGGGACUGUCAAUUUGGAAUGCAAAGUCAUCGGCGUUCCGCAGCCGUCUUUAAAAUGGUACAAGGACGGCGUUGAGCUCAAGCCGGGUGAUAUUCACCGCAUCAUGUCCGGCCAAGACGGAACUUGCUGCCUUGGCACGUACACCUGCGAGGCGCACAACUGCAUGGGCACGUCGUCCAGCUCAGCUGCUCUUCUAGGAUUCGAAGAUCGACCCGAAGCCGAACAAAAUGUCUCUUUGGCUCAGGAGGAAACUUUAUUGGACACUGAACCUCGGAGUUACAUGACGGAGCACCCGCGUAUCGCUCGUAAUCCAUCGCUGUCAACGAUUCAGGAGGAGCGCUCCUCGCAAAUUUCCCUGUACGAGACGGCCAAUGCCGAGGACACGCUUACGGGCGAAGAGCGGGCCGAAAUUAGCGUGUCUCUGGACGGACGAGAAGUUUCAGUUUCGUUGUACGAAACGCCUGAUCUGACUGAAGAGGAAGCUCAACAGAUUGUAGAACUCUUCGCUGAGGAAUUAUCUGAGCGAAUUUCGUACAAGAACACAACCGAAUUGCCACCCUUGCGAUUUACUCGCGAGACAGCCACGUCUGGCUCUCUAUUAAUGGAAGCUGUCGUCAUUGACGUACCCAUGGAAAUAAAUGGAAACUCUUCUUACGAGAGGACUCUCAGCGAUUUAUCGUUUGAGGAGGCGCCAACUGAGGCGGACAUUGAAGAACUGUCUGCCAUGGAAGCCUUGAUCAUAGAAGAAGCAGACAUGCGCAAUGAUCCUUAUUUCUUGGACGAUUUGACCAUUCCUGAUCUACCCUAUGAGGUCAACGAUGUCCGUCAAUCCAUCACUGGUUUGCAAGAAGCCUUCCUCAUUCAGGAAGCCAGUCCGACAGAGGAAGAACGACAACUUCAUUUGGAAUCACACAGUGGAGGGGCCACUCCGGUGGUCAUGUCGCCACGGCGGUUGAGCAUUGAACGUGAUGCAGCUAAGGUCGAGGAAGAUUUCCAGGCCAUGUUAGCUGAUGGUAUUCAGUCACCCGUCGACGUUGACUAUUAUUCUCCGCUAGAGUAUUCGGAUAGUUGCAGCGUUCCAUCUUCUUCCCCGCAGCCAGAUUGGCUUGUCGAAGAACCCAUCGCUGUAGCAACGCCGGUGGCCGCCCAACAGCCCGAAAUAAUUGAAAGACCGGUUGAAAAAACUGCGACGCCUACGGAUGCAGUUGAACCCUUGCCAGCUGAAGUGACGACUGUUGACCCAGCGCUAGCUCCCCAAGUACUCGAAUCAGCGUUAGUGUCAGAGAGAAUACAGAACUUAAUGAUGUCCAAUAAAAGCUCGCUGGACAUACGAGAAUCAGCAAGCGAGACGGAAACAUCGGCGGACGAGAAUUCACAGCGGUUGAUGAGCGAUUAUCUGGGAUUGGGAAGAACGGAUUCGGUAUCUUCGGCGAAAAGCGAAUUGCAAAAAGCGAGCGAGAUAUCACAAGCUGAGACAAGCCAGUCUAGCAGCACUCUCAUUCAAUCAAAAUUGUCAACCAUUCGUCUAGGGUCGGAUCAGACUAUAACUUCCGGUGCCGAUACGCCGGAAUCUGGGGACCAGUCUGGGCUACUUAUUGAGGGAAUUCAGGUCACAAGGCGGGAAGAUGUGAUAUGUGCACAGGAAUCCUGGAAUGAGGCCAGCCAUCUGGCAAAGACGAUGGACACGUUAAUGGAUGAGCCUCCUGUAGAAGAUCAUUCGGAUGGAUUGAAAGAAUAUCCAUCCACGUCACCUACUCGCAAUCUUGUAUCUGAGCUGGGAAUAGGCCAAGAAGAAAAAACAUCUGAUUUUGUCAGUGAAGAAACAAGAGCUAUGGUUGCUUCGAUCUCCUCAAGUGACGCUACACGUAGACUCCAAACUGAAAAAGACGCUGAACAAGAAAACAAUCGAACCCAAAUAUCAACGGAAGCAAGUCAAGCAACUGAAACAACAACAGAAGAGUCCAAAGCUACGUCGAUAGAUUUCGCAGAUGAUAUCAAACCUAUCGAAAAUAUUUCAGGAGACAGAGAUAAAGCUGAGAGAAGAAAAACAGAAGGUGAAGAAAAGAAAAGUUUCCAGAAGGAAGCCGAUGAAGCAGAACAAAAGAAGAAAGAAGGCGAAGAAAACGAUCGCCUCUUAGAAGCAUCAGAGGAGAAACAAGGUCUCCAGAAAGAAUCAGAAGAGAAAGACCGUCUCCAAAAAGAAGCCGAAGAAAAGGAUCAGUUCUUAAGGGAAGAAGUGAAUAGGCAACGCCUCCAGGAAGAAGCAGAAGGUAAAGAUCGUAUCCAAAAGGAAGCUGAAGAAAAUGAACGGCUUCUAAGGGAAUCAGAGGAGAAGCAACACCUCAAGAUGGAAGCAGAAAAGGAUCGACUCCAAAAAGAAACAGAUGAAAAGGAUCGGCUCCUGAAGGAAGAAGAAGAGAAGCAACGUAUCCAGAAAGAAUCUGAGGAGAAGGAUCGUCUCCAGAAGGAAGCUGAAGAAAAGGAUCGGCUCCUGAAGGAAGAAGAGGAGAAGCAACGUAUCCAGAAGGAAUUAGAGGAGAAGGAUCGUCUCCAAAAAGAAGCUGAAGAAAAGGAUCGACUCCUGAAGGAAGAAGAAGAGAAGCAACGUAUCCAGAAAGAAUCAGAGGAGAAGGAUCGUCUCCAGAAAGAAACUGAAGAAAAGGAUCGACUCCUGAAGGAAGAAGAAGAGAAACAACGUAUCCAGAAAGAAUCAGAGGAGAAGGAUCGUCUCCAGAAAGAAGCUGAAGAAAAGGAUCGACUCCUGAAGGAAGAAGAGGAGAAGCAAAGUAUCCAGAAGGAAUUGGAGGAGAAGGAUCGUCUCCAAAAAGAAGCUGAAGAAAAGGAUCGACUCCUGAAGGAAGAAGAAGAAAAGCAACGUAUCCAAAAAGAAUCAGAAGAGAAGAAUCGUCUCCAGAAAGAAGCUGAAGAAAAGGAUCGGCUCCUGAAGGAAGAAGAGGAGAAGCAAAGUAUCCAGAAGGAAUUGGAGGAGAAGGGUCGUCUCCAAAAAGAAGCUGAAGAAAAGGAUCGACUCCUGAAGGAAGAAGAAGAGAAGCAACGUAUCCAGAAAGAAUCAGAGGAGAAGGAUCGUCUCCAGAAAGAAACUGAAGAAAAGGAUCGACUCCUGAAGGAAGAAGAAGAGAAGCAACGUAUCCAGAAAGAAUCAGAGGAGAAGGAUCGUCUCCAGAAAGAAGCUGAAGAAAAGGAUCGACUCCUGAAGGAAGAAGAAGAAAAGCAACGUAUCCAGAAAGAAUCAGAAGAGAAGAAUCGUCUCCAGAAAGAAGCUGAAGAAAAGGAUCGGCUCCUGAAGGAAGAAGAGGAGAAGCAAAGUAUCCAGAAGGAAUUGGAGGAGAAGGGUCGUCUCCAAAAAGAAGCUGAAGAAAAGGAUCGACUCCUGAAGGAAGAAGAAGAGAAGCAACGUAUCCAGAAAGAAUCAGAGGAGAAGGAUCGUCUCCAGAAAGAAGCUGAAGAAAAGGAUCGACUCCUGAAGGAAGAAGAAGAGAAGCAACGUAUCCAGAAAGAAUCAGAGGAGAAGGAUCGUCUCCAGAAAGAAGCUGAAGAAAAGGAUCGACUCCUGAAGGAAGAAGAAGAGAAACAACGUAUCGAGAAAGAAUCUGAAGAGAAGAAUCGUCUACAGAAAGAAGCUGAAGAAAAGGAUCGGCUUCUGAAGGAAGAAGAGGAGAAGCAAAGUAUCCAGAAGGAAUUGGAGGAGAAGGAUCGUCUCCAAAAAGAAGCUGAAGAAAAUGAUCGGCUCCUAAAGGAAGAAGAAGAGAAGCAACGUAUCCAGAAAGAAUCAGAGGAGAAGGAUCGUCUCCAAAAAGAAGCUGAAGAAAAUGAUCGGCUCCUGAAGGAAGAAGAAGAGAAGCAACGUAUCCAGAAAGAAACAGAGGAGAAGGAUCGUCUCCAGAAAGAAUUAGAAGAGAAAGAACGACUUCAGAAAGAAGCUCAGGAAAAAGAUCUACUCUUAAAGGAAGCUGAAGAGAAGCAACUUUUCCAGGCGAAAACAGAUGAAACCGAGGAAACGAAGAAAUAUAUAGAAGCAGAAGAAAAGGAUUUCAUUCAGAAUGAAACUCAAAAGGAAGUGGAUGUAACGGAACGACUCUUAAAAGAAGAAGAAAUGGUCCUACUUCCAAAGGAAUCGAAAGAAAAUGAGAGCAAACAAGAUCUACAAAAGAAAGAAGUCGAAGGAAGUCAAAUCAAAAAUGAAGAUAAAUCUCGCAUAAACGAAGUUGAAGAACGAGCAGUUUCUUACAAACAAUUAGACAGCUGUAAUACACGAUUAAGCGAUAGGCCUACUAAAUUACCAUCGGGAGCAGGAGUUACCGAACUUAUGGAAUUAGAGAAGCAUUCAGUAGGUCUUCUAAGAAAUGUGGAUCGUUCCCGUUUGGAAAAAGUAGAAUUAGAAUCUAGUAAUUUUGCUGAAAAGGAAGUUGUUGGACAGUUGGGUUUCAAAGAAAGAUCCAAACCGUCAACUGAACGACCGCUAACUGAAGACGAACUUAUUGAGAAGCAAAUUGAAGAAGAAAAACGAAAUCGUCGAAGAGAGGCCGCAGAAAGACUUUUACGAGAACAAGAACAAAAAUGGGCAUCUGAACAAUCUGGGAAUGAAGGUGUCAAAGAACAUAGACAUGAUGAGAAAAUUCGACUUGAACAAGCAGAAAUGCAACAGGCUGUGGAUGAACAUAUCAGAAAACAUAAACAAGAAGAAGAAAUCAUUCAACGAGAAGCAGACGAAGAAAGGGUACAACAACAAAGACAAAAAGAAGAAGAAAGGCGAAUCCGUUUAGAAGAAGCAGAAAAAAUUCGGAAGGAAGUGGAAAUACAGGAGCGACUCCGAAGGGAAGAAAAGGAACGAAAGCAGCUAGAAGCUGAACGAAUUCGUCGCGAAGAAGAAGCAGAAGAAUGGGCAUUGAAAGAAAAAGAGAGAAUCCGGUUAGAAGAAGAAAUUCAACGACUUGAAUCGGAACGCAUUCGCAUGAAAGAAGAACGGCGAUUACGACAAGCCAAAGAAGAGGAAGAAGAACGACUCCGACUGAAGAAGGAGAGAGAAGAACGUUUACGUCGCGAACAAGAAGAAGAGGAGAGACUUCGCCAAGAAGAGGAAGAGCAGCUAAAAUUGAUGAAGGAAGAGAGGGAACGCAAUCGAAAACUGAAGGAAGAGGAAGAAGAACGGAUGUUGAGGGAAAUAGAAGAACGUUCUCAAAAGAAGAAGGACGAAAAUGAACGAAUCAGAAAAGAAAAAGAAGAGGAAGAGAGAAAGAAAAAAGAGGAGGAGAAACUUCGGCGAGAGGAAGAAGAGAAAAAGCGUAUGGAGGAAGCUGAAAAACUAAGAAAAGAAACAGAAGAGAAAAGCAAAGAGAAAGAAGAAAAACGAAUGAAACAGGAAGAAGAAAAGCGAAAGCGAGACGAAGAAGAAAAGAAAAUCAAAGACGAAUUGAAAAGACAGAAAGAAGAAGAAACCAGAAAAAUUUUGGAAGAGUUAGAGACGAAUCGAAACAAAAGAGCUCUUGAAGAACCAAUUCAGCCUGAAGACGAACGUAUUGAGGCCGAAGUUUCUUUAGAUAAAAACAAAAAAGAUUUGACAGAAAAUGUUAAACUAGGCAAAGCCCAGAAAAAAGACGACGAAGAACUUAAUCUUUCAGACAAACACAUUCGCCAAAAAGGAGACGAAAAGACCACAAUGAAACAAAGGGAAGAGAACAUCGAAGAACAGAAUUUAAAAGGAGACGAUGAUAAAAUCGUGAAACAAACGAAGGGAAACAAUGAGGCAGUUGAUUCCCUAAUCAAAUCGAAGGAGCAACAACAGGAAGUCGUUGAAGAAAACCAGUUGAAGGAGCAGCACAAGGAAACCGAGCAUGAAAAGCAGAAGGAUCAACAAGAAAAGGAGUCCAAGAGAGCUGAAGUAAAAAAUCUGAAGGAAACAGAACAAGCGAUCAAGGGAACCGAAGAUAAGAAACUCAAGGAGCAACAAGAAAAAGAGCGCAAGGAGGCAGAAGAAAAGAAAUUGAAGGAACAACAAGAGAAGGAGCGCAUAGAGGCUGAAGCUAAGAAAAUAAAAGAGCAACACGAAAAAGAACGUAAGGAGGCAGAAGAAAGAAAAUUGAAGGAGCAACAAGAAAAGGAGCGCAAGGAGGCCGAGGAAAAGAAGCUUAAGGAAAAGCAAGAAAAGGAGCGCAAGGAGGCAGAAGAUAAGAAGUUGAAGGAACAACAGGAAAAAGAGCGCGAGGAGGCAGAAGAUAAAAAGUUGAAGGAACAACAAGAAAAAGAGCGCAAGGAGGCAGAAGAUAAGAAGUUGAAGGAACAACAGAAAAAAGAGCGCAAGGAGGCAGAAGAUAAGAAGCUGAAGGAACAACAGGAAAAAGAGCGCAAGGAGGCAGAAGAUAAAAAGUUGAAGGAACAACAAGAAAAAGAGCGCAAGGAGGCAGAAGAUAAGAAGUUGAAGGAACAACAGAAAAAAGAGCGCAAGGAGGCAGAAGAUAAGAAGCUGAAGGAGCAACAGGAAAAAGAGCGCAAGGAGGCAGAAGAUAAAAAGUUGAAGGAACAACAAGAAAAAGAGCGCAAGGAGGCCGAGGAAAAGAAGUUGAAGGAACAACAAGAAAAGGAGCGUAAGGAGGCUGAAGCUCAUAAACUAAAGAAGCAAAAAGAAGAGAAGGAGCGCAAGGAGACCGAGGAAAAGAACAGGAGAGAUCAACAAGAGAAAGAACGCAAGGAGGCAGAGGAAAAGAAAUUGAAGGAGCAGAAAGAAAAAGAACGUAAGGAGGCAGAAGUAAAGGAAGAGAACGAACGUAUAGAGGCCGAAAAGAAGAAAAAGAAACAAGACAAGGAGCGAAAAGAGGUAGAAGAAGCAAAAAUAGAACAGAAAGAAAGAGAACGCAAAGAAAGAAAGAAGAAAGAAAAGCAAGAGAAAGAACGUAAAGAAGCCGAAGAAAGAAGCAUCAAGGAUGAAAAAGAUAAUGAUUUGAAGAAAGGAGAAGAAAAGAAACUGAAAACUGCAAGAGAAAAAGUUGGUACUGGCGCGGAAGAAAAGAGUAUUCAGGAGCAACAAGAACAGAAAUACGUCGAAGUUGAGGAAAAAGAUGUGAAGAGGCGAUCAGAAUAUGAAGAACGACAAGGUGAUGACGCACACCCUCGGUCGGGUGACGAAUCCCCUGCGCCCAAUAAGGAUCGUAGGAGAAGAACAGUCUUACAAUCAGACGAGGAGUCAACUGCCGAAAAUUCUUCCGAUUACUCGACCAGGAGACGUACCAGAGUUUGUCCCCCUGAAGAAUCAAGAUAUGACACUGGAAUUCAUACAGGAAUUCGACGUCGACCUGUGCCAACUGUUAUGGAAGAAACUGAUUCACUUAGUCCGCUAUCCUCUGGCUUUGAUAGCUCUCACAGACAACCGACUUCAGGUGACUUUGAUGUACAUUCGAGAGCAAGAUUGAUCAGGGAAGAUAUGCGUCAUGGAAUUCGAUCUUGUUCUGCCGGUGUCGUUCUUAGCUCAAUGCGAUCUCGUACUAGUCAAAUGGAAUGGGACUCUUCGUUGAGAUCACACGAGGACAACCGAAGAGAUCCUUCAAAGAAGCCCAAAUUCAGUUCAAAAUUACGAGACAUGGAAGUGGCAAAGGGUUCCAGGGUCAAGCUGAGUUGCAGUUUGCUCUGCAGUCCCGAACCCGAAAUCGAAUGGUUCCGUAAUGGCUUGUCGAUUUUGAAGAACGUGGACAGUCAUAAAUACGUGAUUAAUUGGAACCCAAUCGGCAUCGCAAGUCUAGAGAUACGCGACCUCUGCCGCUCCGACACUGGAGAAUACAUGUGCGUUGCUCGCAACCACCACGGGCAGGCCAGCACUUCGGCCGAUCUUCGAGUCAGAGGUGAUUACGAACCCAAAACGAGUUCACCGUCUUUCACCUCGGCCAUACGUGAUGUCUACUAUGACACAACCGACGAGUUGGUCCUGGAGUCUAUCGUCAAUGGCUUCCCGACACCCAAGAUCACUUGGAUGAAGGACGGAAUUAAGUUGCAUUUGAGUAGCCGUUACAAGCAAAGCGUGGACUUGGACGGGCGUUGCCGCCUGGUUGUUCACUCGCCUUGUGCAGGCGAUUCGGGUCAAUACACCUGCGUCGCUCAAAAUGCUUCCAGGAAGGAUGAGAUUUCUACCUAUGUCGUCGUUCCAGAACACGUUUGGGACACGGAAAAACGCGCGAUGAAGACUCUCCCAAGUCAUGCCGGAUAUUCUGGGGGUGGGGAAUUCCAUCGUCGAACAGCUGCUGAUAAGCUGGCUUCUUCGGGAGACACCCACAGUUUUGAUGGAGGACGUUACGAUGGAAUAGGUGCCCAAGAUGACUCGGCUCAUUUUGUUCAGCUGCCAGAAAGUACCGUGACUGUGGGUAGAGAUCGCGAUCUCGUCAUCCAAUGCCGUGUCCGAGGACAUCCACGUCCCAAAGUGACAUGGUUGAAGGGCAUACGGGACGUGGUCGAAUCUGGACGGCCAUGCGUGGAGAUGGACGGCGACUCGUACCGUUUCAUCCUGAAGAAAGCCAAUUACGGCGAUGGUGGGACGUACAUCGUCAAAGCCAGCAACUGCCACGGCAGCCAGAAAGCCUACUGCACCGUGCGCGUCAAGGAAACGGCCAACUCUUCCGACUGGGAUUUCAAGGACUCGCCGGCCAUGCAGCAGCCCGCCGAUUUGGCCGAGUGUCGAGUCAGACGAUUCAACAAAGAUGUGCCGGGUCCGGUUCCAGCUCCUCCGACGGCCACCGUCACGGGCAAAAACGUCGUGUCCCUUAGCUGGGCCAAACCGAAUUACAUUGGCGGAGCGCCUAUUUUGGCGUACAAAGUCGAAGCCUGGCUCCUGGGCGAAGGAGCCAUCUGGAUAGAGGUGGCUACGACGGUUAUUACCAGCUCGGACGUGUACAACCUGAAGCCGGACCGUGAGUAUCUGUUCCGGAUCACGCCGAAGAACAAGUACGGGUGGGGCGAGUCGCUGGUGUCGUCGACGCCCAUCCGUACGGUGAGCAAGACGGGCCUUCCGCACUUCCACCGCCAGUUGCACCCGCAGAUCAAGGCCAUGGAGCACACGGACAUCGAGCUGCUGACGGAGGUGACGGGCGAGCCGACGCCGCAGGUCGAGUGGUACCGCGACGGCAGCAAAGUGGACGGCGUCAAGAAUCCGCGCUACGAGCUGCGCUCCAUCCGGGCCGACUGCCGCCACGCCCUCACCAUCCACGACGUCCAGAUGGAGACGGACGACGACAGCAAGUUCUCCUGCGAGGCCGUCAAUCCGGCCGGACGAGUCGCCACUUUCAGUCGCGUCCUCGUCGUGACGGACGAACGCGUAGCCGAGGCCGACGCCCAAUUCAGACAGCAGUUGGAUUGCCUGAGUUGCGGCAAUGACAAGACGCCGAUGGCGCCUCAAUUCACGAUGAGGCCGCGCGACCGUCGGGUCCAAGUCGCUUUCCCCGUCCGGCUGACUUGCCAAGUGAUUGGUUUCCCCAAGCCGGACGUCACCUGGUACCACAAUCACAAUCCCAUCAUCAUCGGUGACGACGAUCGUCACAGCUACAGCGUGGACGGCAAUUUCUACACGCUGGAGAUCGCCACUACCAAAUUCGACGACGCCGGCGUCUACAGCGUCCAAGGCCGUAAUUCUUCGGGCGCGGUGGGCUGCCAGUGCUGCCUGGUGGUGGACGGAGGCAUUCGGGCGUACGUCAUGCCCUUUUUCACGCACGAACUGGAGGAGCGCAACGUGUCGGAGGGCGGCACCGUCUCGCUGAUCGCCCGCGUCGAAGCCUACCCGGCCGUCGGGGUCCUCUGGCACCGGGACGGGAUCCGCCUACGUCCUUGCCGCCAGUACGACAUGCGACUGGAGUCUGACGGCUCGGUGGCGUUGGUCGUGUCGGGCGUGCUGGCCAGGCGCCACGCUGGCGUCUACACCUGCACCGUCACCAACGAGAUGGGCCAGGUUUCGUCCAGCGCCCGCGUCACCGUCAAACCGCAGCGGCCGUCAGCAUCUUCGUCGGCCGACGGGGCCGGCGUCGCCACCGAUCACGACGCCAUCGCUCUCGGGGAGACGACGUCGUCGCCGGCCAUGGCGCCCAAGUUCGUCCGAAAGCCGAGAUCGACCGAAGUUGUUGAAGGCGAUUCUCUGGUCGUUGUCUGCGAGGUCAUUGGCGAUCCGAAACCCGAGGUCAUCUGGCUGCGUGACUGGCUAAAUCCGGAUUAUUACGACGACGCCGAUCACUUUGUCCGGGAAGGAGACGGACCCGUUUACAAGUUGACGAUCCCCUGCGUGAAAUUGGAUUUCACCGGCGCCUAUUCCGUCAUCGCACGCAACGUUCACGGCGAAGCCAAAGCCGUCAUCUCUCUCCAGGUCUACGUUCACGGACAAGGCCGCCAAGGUAGACAACAAGAAACCGCUGGAUCUUCGACUGGACACUCGACGACACUCGGUGGCGUCCUAACGGCGCCUAAGGUCGUCCAGCCGCUGAGACACUUGCGCUGCUGUGACGGCGACACGGUCACCUUCGAAUGUCGCUUCAACGGCCAGCCUGAAGCGGCCGGUACACUUCAAGUCCACUGGCAAAGAGGCGGCAAGCUCCUGCGGUUGUGCAAAGACUUUUCGACGGAGGUGAACGCCAACGAGGGCGUGGCCCGGCUCUCCAUCGGCCGAGUCUACCCGGAAGACGAAGGCGAGUACACCUGCGUGGCCUACAACGAGCUGGGCAGCGACUCCACAUCCGCCUGCCUCAUCGUCGAUGUGGCUGACGAUAAGGAGAACGACCUGAUGGUUCAGCUGGACUCGAGACCGGCCGGCACUGUGUCGGCACGCGCCACUCCGCGCACCACGCCCUCACGCACGAUCCGCUCCCUCUCGCCCAUCAAUUCCAAAACUGCGACGCAACAACAACAGCAGCAACAACAACAACAGACGAAGAGCGGGCGCGUGCGCAAAGUGCCGCCGAAAUUCUAUUCGGUGCCGCACAAUAAAAUCGCCGAGACGGGCGAGACGGUGCGAUUCCAGUGCAACGUCGGCGGCAACCCAUCGCCCCGCGUCACCUGGGACCGCGACAACAUCGCCAUCAAACCCGAGUCCAUCACGCCGGCCGGACGGGUCCGCAUCGAGGAGCGAGAUGACGUCCGCGUCCUCGAGAUCCGCAACGUGACCAGCGAGGAUGCCGGUUUGUACAGGAUCACGGUGGAGAACGAAUUAGGAAGGAUCCAGGCCAACGCCCGUCUGGAUAUCCUGAGUCGAUCCAGCGGCAGUCGCUCGGCCGGAUUCAUCCGCUCCGGAUCGGCGGCCACCGCCGGCAGAGGCACUUACUACUCGGCUCUGAGCGGAUCCAGCGCUUCCAGAUUGGCCGGCCGCACUCUGGGUCUCUCGGGAGCCGGUUACCUCCGCGGCACGUCCACUCCGCGUUCGGGUGGCCGAUAUCACGCCACGUCGGACAUGGACGGAUCGGGUGCCAGUGACGCCGCCGCCGCCGCUACCGAUCGACCGGUGUCGUUCGUCACCAAAUUGCCCAGUCGCAUGCGAGUCAACGAAGGCGACGCAGUCGAAUUGCAGGUCCUUCUCACAGGAACGCCGCCAUUGAAAGUCGUCUGGGUCCACAACGACUCGCCUCUGGUGGACUGCCCGGAAUUCCGGCACUUGGACUACGGCGACGGCCGCUACGCCCUCCGUCUGGCCGACCCGUUCACUCACGACAGCGGCGUCUACUUUUGCGAGGCUUACAACCUCUACGGCGACGCCGAGUCGUGGUGUCGGCUCAUCGUCACCGAUCCCGCCGACAAACAUUUCAACGAGACGUCGGCAGAGGCGUCGGUGACCUUGGCCUACUCGAGCGCCAACACGGCCUCGAUUCGAACGCGCAACGAUGACGAAACCGAAGAAGAAGAAGAAGAAAAUAAGACCGGAGAGGAGGAGGACUUCAGCUGCAGCAAAGAGGAUCUGACGUACGAGUCUGACAAGUUGAACGACGAGCUGGACAACCCGUUCCAAGUGGCGGCCCAGAUCGUCAAAGGACCCGUCAGCGUCUCCACCCUGAUCGGCUCGACCGUUUUACUCGAAGCGCUCAUCAUCGGCCGGCCAGAACCCACCGUUCGCUGGCUAAAAGGGGGCAAGGAACUUGUGGAAAGCGACCGAGUGGAGAUGAGACAGGCGGACGGGAUGGCGUCGCUCAGUUUGCACGGCAUAACAGCCGACGACAGCGGCAAGUACAUCGUCAUGGCUGAGAACACGUUCGGCAUGGACUGCCACUACGCCUCGCUGGCUGUCGAAGGGCCGCCGGAUCCUGGUGGUAAGCCGACGAUCUGCGAAGUGAAAGCCGACAGCCUGACGCUGACCUGGUACGGGUCCGUCUACGACGGCGGCUCGGUCAUCACCGGCUACCUGGUGGAAAUCUGCGAAACGGGCCAGUCGUGGAGGGUCCUCACCUCCGAGUGCAACUCGACCUCGUACGUGAUUCACGGGCUGGCGCCUCUGAGGACUUACCAGUUUCGCGUCCGGGCCAAGAACAUUCACGGCAGCAGCGAGCCGAGCUGCCCGUCUGACCCGCUCUUCUACCAGCCACCACUGGUGGCUGAGAGGCGAGACAAGGCCGUCGUCGUCGACCAUCACCAUCACCGCGAGGAGAAGGACCUCCAUAGGCAGGUCAGCAGCCGAGACAGGCGGCCAGAGGACGAGCUCGACUACGACCAAGACAACGAUGAUUCUGACGAGUCUCACGCCCCCCAAUUCGAACACUGUCACGUCACCGUUCAACCGGGUGAACCCCACUUUCUGGAAAAGUACUCGGUUCACGAAGAGUUGGGUAAAGGCCGUUUCGGAGUCGUUUACCGGCUGGUGGACCGGGCCAGCGGCGCUCUAAGGGCCGCUAAAUACGUGAGAUGCAUCAAGGCGGCCGACCGCGAGAAAGUCUACCAGGAGGUGGCCAUCAUGAACAAGUUGCAACACCCGAAACUCUUGCAGCUGGCAGCCGCUUACGACUGUCCCAAAGAAAUCGUCCUCGUCACCGAAUACAUUUCCGGCGGGGAACUGUUCGAGCGCGUCGUGGCCGAUGAUUUCACCCUGACGGAACGCGAUUGCAUCCUUUUCAUGCGACAAAUCUGCCAGGGAGUCGGUUACAUGCACUCGAAGAGUAUCGUCCACCUGGAUCUGAAGCCGGAAAAUAUCCUUUGUCAAAGCCCGAACUCGCAUCGCAUCAAGUUGAUCGAUUUCGGUCUGGCCCGGCAGUUGGACCCGGACACUCCGGUGCGGGUCCUUUUCGGCACUCCCGAAUUUAUCGCCCCCGAAAUCGUCAGCUAUGAGCCCAUUGGUUGCGCAACCGACAUGUGGUCGCUCGGAGUCGUCUGUUACGUCUUAUUAUCGGGAUUAUCUCCGUUUAUGGGCGACAACGACGCCGACACGUUUGCCAACAUCACUUCGAGCGAUUACGAUUUCGACGACGACGCCUUCGCCGCCAUCUCGUCCGACGCCAAGGAUUUCAUUUCGUCGCUGCUCGUCAAACGGCCAGAACUGCGGUUGUCGGCUGAGACUUGCCUCCAGCACAAGUGGCUGGCCCAGGCCAAACAGACCAUGAAUUCCGUCAAACUGCCCACGGACCGGCUCAAGAAAUUCAUCAUCCGUCGCAAGUGGCAGAAAACGGGAACGGCUAUCCGAGCCCUGGGUCGAAUGGCCAGCCUGUCGUCCGCCUCUCGACGCAACUCGUCGUCGUCGUCGACCGGCCGCCGUUCGUCGCGAAUGGACUCGCUGUGCGAGGAGGAACACGGCUCGGUCUUUAGCGGCUCGUCCGGCGGCAGCGGCUCGCGGCUGGCGACUUCGUCGCUGACGGCGCCAACCAACGGAGCCGACCCGGCCACUAGCCCCCGCAUCCGUAGUCCCAGUCUGCCCGUCGUGACCCACCCCUGCCAGUCGUCUGGCUCGUCGACUCCCGGCAUCGCUCGCAGCCGGAGUCCCAGUCUGCCCGUUACGGACUUGAUGUCGGACAGGAGCAGCGGCCCGGUCAGCGCCAGCUCGUCUCGGCGGGUCUACUACGCCGACCGCAGCGACAGUGGCAUCAGCGAUUGCUCCAACCACUCGUCGACGCUCCUGUCCGGCACCCACAUGCCCACCCUGAUCCAGGAGGAGGAGGACGACGAGUUCUAUAACAGCCCCGCCCUAAUAACCAACGGCUGUUCUUCUUCUUCUUCUCCCGCAGGUGGAACCUCCUUGGCGCCGAAGAGCGGCGGCCGUAGCAGCCAGUGCGCUCCUAAGAGCAAGAGCGUAGUCACCAGCCGCUACUCGGUCGAUUCGGCCAUUGAUGGAGAAUGAACGUAACAAUAAAAAAAAAAGAUUUAAAGGAUCCUGGCCUUUUUUUCAAAUAAAAUGAGGAGCCCCAAAUCGCUACAUCAACUAUUGAACAACUUCAAAAAAAUUCAAAACAAAAAACAAAAUUUCGUCUCGGUGGGAUUUUCGCUUCGUUUCUUGCUGUAGAUUAUUUGACCGUAUGUAGCUAAGCAGCAGCAAAUUAUGUACAAUGUGUCAUAGGUGUGUUUUGUUCUUUUCUUUUUUUUCCCUUGUUUUUUUUUUUAAAUUAGCUCUCUCUCUCCCCCAGCUCUAUAUAAGGUUACAUGUUUAUUAUUAUUAUUAUUCAAAAUAUUUUCUUCCUUUGAGUAUCCUCCGUGUACGCCGCCGCUUUCAAUUUGCACUGAUUUCUUGAUUAGACACCGAUGCUCUACAACAACCACCACCUUCUUUCAUUCAAUUUAUUAUUACCUCUCUCUUCAAUUGUGAUUGAGCCGUGAGUCGCUUCGUGUCAAAGAUGGAAGCUCUCGUAUUCAAUCCGAUGCACAGAUUUAAAAAAAUCCGCAUGUCAUAUAAUCCCCCCUCCUCUUCAUUAUACCAAACUCUCCUCCUCCCUCCAAAAAACAAAAGACUCCUGGCAACCCUCCCCCCCCCCAUUAUAUCUUAUAUAAGAAUGCUGUUAUGAUAUGAUUGAAAAACAUUUGUAUGAUGGAAAAGCACGUCUAUUAUAAUACAAAUAUGAUUAUCGCC